AUGCCACCCGAAAUUUUUGACUAUGAUUUAGAUAAAUCCGAAUUCAUUGAUAAAACGUUUAAUAAUGAUAAUAAUGAUGCUAAUUUAAAUGAAGAAAAGGAACCAAUUCCUGUAGUUUUAGUCGAAGGGUUUAUGGGUCCAGGCAAACCUUCUUAUUGGGGUCCAUUACAAUCAUUUUUUUCAAAUUCUUGUAAUAAUGCUAGUGUAGAUAAUAAUGCUAGUGUAGAUAAACAACAUCCUAAGACUAGACGUUGUAUUUUCGUAACACCUGGUUGUGGAAGUUCUUUAUACGAUAGAGCUGUUGAAAUUUUUUAUCAAAUUAAAGGUGGAAGAGUUGAUUAUGGAAAAGCACAUGCUCUAAAAUAUGGCCAUUCGCGUUAUGGCCGUGAAUAUCCAGGUAUUUUAUAUACAGGAGGUGUAACUAUUUGGAAACUUCAACAAUUACUCGCAAGUGAUUUUUUCCCAGCACAUUUUGAACCUCACCCUGAUAUGGUUCGAUCUCUUACAGCAGUCUCAGCUCCAUUCAAAGGAAGUCAAGGUGUUUACAUAUUGGGUAGAUGCACAGAAGACAUAGGAUCGGUCCGUCCAUUUAGUUUUGGAGCUUGGCUUG